GGGGAUUAAUCGGCAGACAGUAAAAGGACAUCGGGGAUUAAACAAGGAAAGGGAAUCAUCGGGGUCCAGUCGGUCAACUCCGGAUGACAGCCAGUUUGGUGAAGAAGAAAACGAGGAAACUUCUGCAACCCAAUGAAUUCCUGCCUCUCACCUCUGUUUUAUUUGGUGAAUAGCAAGUUUAAAGCAGAAAAUGGGACAUGACAAGUAAUCCUCUUAAAGGGUUCAAGUGCCCUGAUCCGCUGAGAAAGGAGAGAGAGCGAGAGAAAGGGGGGGGCGCUUUAUAAGCGCAAUCACACGAAGAUCUCUCGGCCCCAGCUGCAGCUCAGAUUGCGGCCGCCCCGUCCCUGCACGCGUUUUCAACUGGAUGAGCAGCGAACCUGCGGUCAGAGAGACGGGGGUCCAGCUCCGCGAUGCUGGCAGCAGGCGACAGGCGUCCAUGGCGACCGAAGAGGCAACGGUGGCAACGCGCUGUACUCCUGCUUACUGCAGUGACCACCUGCCAGCUGUGGUCCAGCUUCGUGUCUGCGCCUCAGACGACUGAGGCAGCCGAAUCUCUUCCGAAUGUUUCGAACAGUACGCAGUCAGAGGAGCCGGAGACGCCGGAUAACCGGAGCGAAGUCGAAAUCAGGAGGUGCAUCGACCUGUUCAGGGUGCACGGAGCACCGACUGCGCUCCCUGCCCCGAAACCAACCAACGUCAGCAGUAUCCCCCACGACAAUGCCCCUCAUAAGAAGGAAGAGUACCCGGAGGACUUUUUCUCCGUGGAGGAGCGCCGCCAGGGCUUUGUGCUCUUACACAUUUUUGGGAUGGUCUACAUGUUUGUGGCCCUCGCCAUCGUGUGCGACGAGUUUUUUGUCCCAGCUCUAGGUGUCAUCACGGACAAGUUGCAGAUCUCGGACGAUGUGGCCGGAGCGACGUUUAUGGCAGCUGGAGGUUCUGCUCCCGAGCUUUUCACAUCGCUUAUCGGGGUAUUCAUCUCUCACAGUAACGUCGGCAUCGGGACAAUCGUGGGCUCUGCCGUGUUCAACAUUCUCUUUGUGAUCGGCAUGUGCGCCCUUUUCUCCAGGGAGAUCCUGCACCUGACCUGGUGGCCGCUCUUCAGGGACGUCUCCUUCUACGUUCUGGACCUCAUUAUGCUUAUUAUUUUCUUCCUGGAUAACAUUAUUUCUUGGUGGGAGAGUCUAUUGCUCAUCUUAGGCUAUGCCAGCUAUGUCACCUUCAUGAAGUUCAACGUGCAGCUGGAGCAACUGGUGAAACUGCAGCUCAACAGACACAAGAACAUCGUGCAGGUCAUCGCGCCAGAAGAGGUGGACCAGAAGAAUGGUCCAGUUACAGAGGAGAGCCAGCGUGCCCAGCUUGAAGAUAACACUCGACUGAAGCUCCGGCCAGCGCUGCAGAGAGGGGGCAGCUCUGCUUCACUUCACAACAGUACAAUGCGCAACACGAUCUUCCAGCUAAUGAUCCACACGCUUGACCCCCUCGGAGAGGCCAAGUUUAAGGACAAGGCAGCGAUCCUGGAUAGAGUGGCCAGGGGCAAGGUAUUACAAACUGGACGAGGAAAGUUGCAAGUUGCAGGUUGUGAAGAAAAGCCUGAUGUUCCCAAAUCAGUGAGCGUUCAGGUGACUCCUCCAGAGCAGGACGCAGAGGUUGACAAGGAGGACAAGUGUGAAGAUGACAAGGUUUCAGAUGACUCUGCAGUUUCAGAGAGCGAUGAAGAAAACAGCAGCAGUGAUGAUACAAACAAUGAUACAGACAGCAGUGACCAGGAGGAAGACGAGGAGUCUGAAGAAAAUGAGGAGCCACUGUCUUUGGAAUGGCCAGACAGCCAUCGCAAGCAGGCCACUUACCUCUUCCUACUUCCGAUUGUCUUCCCACUGUGGCUCACCCUUCCAGAUGUCCGUAAAACAGUCUCCAAGAAGUUCUUCAUUAUCACUUUCUUAGGCUCCAUUGUCUGGAUUGCAGUAUUCUCUUAUUUGAUGGUAUGGUGGGCACAUCAGGUUGGUGAGACUAUAGGAAUUUCUGAAGCGAUUAUGGGAUUGACGAUUUUGGCAGCAGGAACCUCCAUUCCGGAUCUCAUUACAAGCGUCAUUGUGGCACGGAAAGGUCUAGGAGACAUGGCUGUCUCCAGCUCAGUAGGCAGUAAUAUAUUUGAUAUUACUGUUGGGUUGCCCGUCCCCUGGUUGCUUUACUCCAUUUUCAAUGGUCUUUCACCCGUAGCCGUCAGCAGCAAUGGUCUCUUUUGUGCCAUCGUCCUACUCUUUUUCAUGCUCAUCUUCGUCAUUUCCUCUAUCGCUGUUUGCAAAUGGAAAAUGAGCAAGUACCUGGGCAUCACAAUGUUUGGCCUUUAUUUCAUCUUUCUGAUUAUUAGUGUGUUGCUGGAGGACCGUAUCAUCAUUUGUCCAGUGUCUAUCUGACCACUCAAAAGUUCAACAUCUAACUGAAAAACGGCACAUCCAAUUUUGUUUCCAAGAACAGGUCAUUCAUAGCUGACUCAGUCUAAUGCUUAGGGGUCCAGAUUAGUUGGACCUUCAGCCUUACACCAGAAACCACUGCUCAAGCACGCCAUGUCUAAACAGACACCUAUAGAAAUGGAAAUUUAUUUGCUGCAAUGGCUGAGCUCUCAGAACUCUGGAUCCAUUUUCAUCCUCCAGUGAGGACAAAGGAGAUAUAAAGCAAUGAAUCUUCUGGCCAUCUUCAAGAAGAACAAGCUUCUCCUUAUUGAUCAGCUAUGAGGGGGCCAACUUAUCAACGAGGGCUAGUGACUGGAGAUGACCCCUCCAAGUGCUAAAGUACACUGCCUCUAAAACUAUUUUACCCCCUUGGAAGUUUUCACAUUUUAUUAUUAUACAACAUUGGAUGACACUGAAGUUAAUUUGGCUUUUUGGAUUCUGAUCAAUAGAAAAAAUGACUUUUUAAUGUUAAAGUGAAAUCAUGUUUCUGUAAAGUUGUCAAAGUUGAUUACAAAUUUAAAACACAAAAUAAAUAAUGGCAUAAGUAUUCACCCAUUCAAGUCAGUAUUUAGUAGAUGCACCCUUGGCAGCCAUGACAGCACCGAGUCUGUGUGCCCAGGUCUCUGUCAGCUUUGAACAGCUGUACACUGCAAUUUUUUUCUCGCAUUCUUCAUUGCAAAACUGCUCAAGCUCUGUCAGGUUCUGUGGGAUCGAAAGGGAAGAGCCUUUUUAAGUCCAACCAUAAAUGGACCGAGAUACGGACUCUGAUGUAGCCACUCCAGGCCAUACACAUUGUUGUCUCUUAUCCAUUUCUGGGAAGCUUUGGCUUUAUACUUGAGGCCAUUGUCUUGCUGGAAAACAAAUCUUCUCCCAAGGUGUAGACUUCCUGCAGACCACAUCAGGUUUUCCUCCAGGAUUUCCCUGUUAUUUUGCUGCAUUCUUUUUACCCUCACAAGCCGUCCAUGGCCUUCUGCAGAGAAGCAUCCCCACAGCCCGAUGUGGCCACCACCAUGCUUCAAACAUGCCGUUUACUCUGACUGGUCAAAAGCUCAAAUUUGAUCACUUCAGACCACAGAUCCUUCUUCUAGGUGACUUCAGAGUAUCCCAUGUGCCUUCUGGCAAACUCUAGCCAAGAUGGUAUGUGUAUUUUUUUUUUUUAAACAGUGACUUUCUCUUUACCAGACUUCCAUAAAAUUGCAACUGCUGAACACCAUGGCAACAGUCGUUGUCUGCACAGUCUCAUUAAUCUUAACCAUUGUAGUUUGUAACUCCUUCAGAGUUCUCCUUGGUCUCUCAAUGGCAUCCCUCACUCAGUUUUUGUGGACAGCCUGCUCAAUACUCUGCAUUUUGUCACAAACGAUUUAACUGGACUCCAAAGGAUAUUCAGUGACUUUGAUAUUUUCUCGUCUCCAUCCCAUGACUUGUGCUUUUCUACGCUCUUUUAAUGGAGUUGCUUUCAGUGUCCUUUAGUCUUCAUUGUGUAGGUUAGACCACCAUACUGAUUCACCACAAGUUGAACCUUCCAGAUAAGGCGCCUUUAGACUACAAACCUCAGAUGGGUGAUCCCCAGUGAACAAAUCAUAGGACUAGCUGCACCAGUGGCGGUUUAGGUGUGUCAUAUUAAAGGGGGUGAAUACUUGUGUGAUCAAAUAUUUGUGUUUUAUCUUUGUAACUAAUUUAUGCCACUUUGCAAAGAUCUGUUUUCAUUUUGACAUUAAAGAGUCUGAUGGGCAGUGUCAAAAAAAAAGCCAAAUUGAAAUCUACUGUGGUUCAUUGUUGUACAAUAAUAGAAUUGUGAAAACUUCCAUCGGGGUGGAUUCUUUUUAUAGGCACUGGACACUCACCAGCCACUUUAUUAGGUACACCUGUAAAAGUGCUUCUCGAUGCAAACAUCCAAUCAGCCAAUCACAUGGCAGGAACUCAAUGCAUUCUGGCAUGUAGACAUUGUGAAGACAACCUGCUCAAGUUCAGACUGAGCAUCAG